AUGGCUGCGCUUCCGGAUGAGAUUCUUUUUCUCAUUCUUGACCAAAUUGGCGACAAUAAAUUACGUCUUGAGCUUCUACUGGUCUGUCGUCGUUGGUACAAUCUGCUUUUCUCUAAGGUCUACGAACGCAUUGACGUCAAAUGUCAACAAAUACGUGAUCUUCUUUGCUCUGUGCAAAAUAAUUCAAAAAUUGGCACCGCUUUUCGAGAAUUAUCUUUUGAUGAAUCUUUCACCGAGGGUUUUGAUCCGAAUGACAUAAUGCCUAUAGAGAUCAUGAAGCAAGUUAGUCCCUCCUCAGAGUUUUACAAAGACUGGGAAAGGGAUUUGUUUCAUGACCAUGAUUACGGUGCCCAUCUCGCACUGCUAGUGCCGUCAUUACAAUCUGUCAAGGCGCUGAGGCUCACUGGUUAUUUAUGCUAUUCGGAACCAUUCUUUGGUUUGCUGGCGCGAGCAGCUGCUCGCGAAAAGCCAUUCGACUCAAAGUCCGUGCUACAAAGCCUAGAAAAAGUGGAACUCCGACCCUUACAUCUGAAGGCUCACUACGGGAGAAAUAUCUCACUUUUUUUCUCUUUUCCUGCAAUGCGAGUGCUCUCCGUCAGCCAACUGGCCGAAGAAGAUAUUGAAUGGACAAAGUUAAAUUAUCCAAAACUUGUUCCUGGGUUUUCUAGUAUCACUGAACUUCAUUUUGAGUACUGUACCGGUUCUAAGGGCAUGGCCGAAUACAUCGAAGCGUGUGCUAACUUGGAGGUCUUCAAUUAUCAACACCAAGUUCAAGCCAUAUGGGGAGAAGCCUAUCAUCGCUUUCGUCCUCUCGCGUUUUAUAAACCACUACUCAACCAAAAGAAUAGUCUUCGAGUCCUUCGAUUAGACAAUAUUGGAGAAUCCGAUCCAGAUUUUGAGGUUGAAUACGAUAUUGACUUGGAUUAUGUUAGUUUUGGGUCCCUGACUGAGUUCCGUGUGCUUCGUGAACUUCGGAUUCCAUUGCGCACGCUGUUACAGUAUGAUUCAAAUAAUCGCCCAGCCGUCUCUCUGCUCAAGGUUCUGCCUUCCAGCAUCCAAAUUCUUCAGCUUGCCAAAGUUUGCGAAGAGGACUUGAAAGUACUAGUAGAAAAUCUUCGAGAGGUGCUAGCACGACGAGAGGACCGAUUUCCAAACCUUAACAGGCUUGAGAUUCAGCCACGCCUAUUGGAAAAGGAUCCCUCCCGCGUUGUUUACAACCCGCAUUGGGAGUGUAGUUGGCAUGUAUUGAAAAUUCCAAUAUCUUUCAAGGAGGCAUUUGCACCGAUUCAGUUGCUUUGUGACAGUAUAGGAAUCGAGUUUGAAUUUAAUGAACAGGGCCCUCGGCAGUAG